AUGAAAAGUCCCGUGAAAAGUGAUGAAGAGCAGCAUGCCGAGGAGGAAGCAGACAGCGCCGAGGCGAUCCGCAGGCGCAGCCCCUCACCUAACCCAAACUGGAGUAUUGCCUCUUACCUUCCUGAGGAUCAGCUCAAAGCUGCCCGGGUGAAUGAUGACCACUUGCAGGAUGAUAGCCUGUCCUUGGACGGCCAGGAUGCAGAGUUCCUGUGCAAGGAGGAAGAGGACGAUGGGAAGAACCAGCUCAGCGGCCCCAACUCCCCCCUCAGCACAUGUACCAACCCAGACGCUGGGUAUGGGUCCCCAUGCAGCAAUGCCAGUGACCAACAGGCUGAGAGUAAGACUUCCUCUAAGCAGGACCAAGCCCACAAGCAGGUCAGCACAGCACAUCUCAGCCUGGCCCUGAAGGACAGCCUGGCUUACAGGAAAGCCAUCUAUGCAAACCUGACUUCAGACACUUCUUGGUCAAGCAUUGCCAUGGACAUCAUGAAAACCAAGCAGGUCAGAGCCAAUGGCGGCAGCAGCAGCAGCACCAACACUAACCACCAUAUCAACAACAGCAGUUCUAAUGCUAGCAGCAUCACUAUGACAAAUGGCAAUAGCAACAGCAGUACUAAAGAUACCACCACUACUACCACAAAUUCUAACACUAACACCAACAGCAGUACUAGUAGUGGUGGAGGUAUUGCCUAUGACUGGCACCAAGCUGCACUGGCAAAAACUCUCCAGCAUAACCCUUACCACUUCCUGCCAGAGCCCAGCCUCUUCAGCAAAGUGCAGCUGUACAGGCAGAAUAACAAGCUCUAUGGCCCUGUGUUCACUGGAGCAAGCAAGUUCCGCUGCAAAGACUGCAGCGCCGCCUAUGACACACUGGUGGGUCUGACCGUCCACAUGAAUGAGACGGGCCACUACAGAGAUGAUAACAAGGACAAGGAAGACAAAAAGGGUAAGAAGUGGUCCAAGCCCAGGAAGCGUUCCCUGAUGGAGAUGGAAGGGAAGGAAGAUGCGCAGAAAGUGCUGAAGUGCAUGUUCUGUGGACACUCCUUUGAAUCCUUGCAAGAUCUGAGUGUUCACAUGUUCAAAACAAAACAUUACCAGAAAGUGCCUCUCAAAGACCCAAUGCUAGCCCUGUCCUCAAAACUGGUUCCCUCUACCAAAAAGCAAGCAUUUCAUGACUUGGAGUACCCCUGUUCCCCAGAGCCCCUUAGCAGCAUGCCCAGCAUGGACCUAGGGGAGAUUGCCAAAGACCAGAAAGUGGCUAACCCCUAUGUUACGGCCAAUAAUCGUUAUGGCUAUCAGAAUGGAGCUAGCUACACCUGGCAGUUUGAGGCACGCAAAUCCCAGAUAUUGAAAUGCAUGGAAUGUGGAAGCUCCCAUAAUACCUUGCAGCAGCUGACAGCCCACAUGAUGGUCACAGGACAUUUUCUCAAAGUCACAAACUCUGCCUCCAAAAAGGGAAAGCAGGUGGUGUUUGACCCUGUGGUAGAAGAAAAGAUACAAUCCAUCCCUCUACCACCUACCACAAACAGGCUGCCCAUCUCCAGCAUCCAGUCCCUCCCCAGCUCUCCUGCUAACUCCCAUGGCUGUGAGGAAAAGAGAGAGAUGGAGGAGGAGAUAACAGAGGGAAGUGAACCUGAGAAAAAGAUCAAAGAGGAAAAAGAGGAGCCUUGUACAAAGUCUACAACGAACACGUCUUUUAAAUACCUCAGAGAGGAGGACUUGGAAGAGAUUCACAAAGGCGAGAUUGAUAUCCUGAAAUCCCUGGAGAACACGGUGUCUAGUGCAAUCAGCAAAGCCCAGAUGGACACACCCUCCUGGGGAGGAUAUCCCAGCAUUCAUGCUGCCUAUCAGCUGCAGGGCUUAGGGAAAUCUGCCCAGCCUUCCAUACAGAGCAUCCCUGUGCAGCCAAGCUUCAGCAGCAGCAUGAAAACAUUUGCAUCUGAACCAAGUUCAGCUAUUCACUCACCUGGUAGCCUCCUCCCUCCUCCCCAGCAUAAAAGCAAUAUCUCAGCCAUGGAGGAGCUGGUGAAAAAGGUCACCAGGAACAUAUCUGUGAGGAAGGAGGAGAGGACUUCAGACAAAUGCAAUCCACCCUUACCUGUAUCCCACGAGAAAAGAGACUUGCACAAGCCUGAUGACCUAAAUGGCAAGCUGGCAAAGAACAACAGUACCAGCAUGGAAACGGACACUGUCAGCAAAAGAGCACCCAAAGACAGCCAAGAGAAUGGCACUGAGGCUCUCCAACCAGCACGCAGCAGAUGCAACAAUCUGCACAUCAUAACAGACUGUUCACCAGAAGAGCUUUUCAUCAGCCCCCUCAGUACAUUGCAAUCCAUAAUGAACACUCACUUAGGCAAGGCCUCCAAGCCUGUUAGGCCCCUUUUAGACCCACUGGCAAUGUUGUACAAGAUCAGCAACAGCAUGAUGGAGAAGCCCCUAUGCAGCCCAACUCAGGUUAAUCCAACAAACUCCAUCAACAGAUAUUAUUAUGGAAAUGGUGACCAGCCCAUGGACUUGACAAAGUCCAAAAAUGUUCGAUCCAAAAGCAGCUCCUCCACUUCUGUCAACAACAGCAGCAGCAAUAGCAAUAGAGGAAAUGCUGCCAGACCCUUUAUCUCCAGUUUGUUGGAUCCUCUUUCUGCACACUUGCGAGAGAAUGCAUUGUUGGACAUUUCAGACAUGGUGAAGAACCUAACUGGUCGACUGACACUAAAGUCCUCUACACCAUCGUCCAUCUCUGAGAAUACUGACGCAGAUGGCAGCACCUUUGAGGAUGCCCUGGAAGAGUUCUCUCCCAUGCACAAGAGGAAGGGUAGGCAAUCCAGCUGGAACCCCCACCACCUGCUCAUCCUGCAGGCCCAGUUUGCUUCCAGCCUGCAUGAGACCUCUGAGGGAAAGUUCAUUAUGACUGACCUUGGCCCCCAGGAGCGUGUGCACAUGUGCAAGUUCACUGGUCUUUCCAUGACCACCAUCUCUCAUUGGUUGGCUAACGUCAUGUACCAGUUGAGGAGAACAGGCGGGACAAAGUUCCUGAAGAAUAUAGAUUCUGGUCAGCCAGUGUUUUUGUGCAGUGACUGUGCCUCUCAGUUCAGGACUCCCUCAGCUUACAUUAACCAUUUGGAGUCACACUUGGGCUUUAGCUUAAAGGACCUCUCCAAGCUGUCCAUAGACCUUAUAGAGGAACGGAAGGCUAUUUCCAAAGUUAUAAUGGGCAAGUCGUUCAACCUGCUGGGACUGAGCGAGGCAGAUGCAGGCUCCAUCUUCCAGUGCAAGCUAUGUAAUCGGACCUUCAUCAGCAAGCAUGCCGUCAAACUGCACCUUAGCAAAACGCACAGCAAGUCACCAGAGGACCAUCUAAUCUACAUCUCAGAGCUAGAAAAACUAGAGAGAGUGUGA